AUGGCUUCAGAUUCUUCUCCCGCCAGCUGCUCUUCUGAGUCUGGGGCGCGGCCUUCUGAGGGUCCUUCUGUGUCGACUUGUUCCGUGGAAACGGCUGGUCUCCCUAAGGCCAGUGCUACAUCUCGGUGCCACACCCCCAGCUUCCCAGCCAGACCUCCCUCGUCGACUGGCUGCCUGACACCGUGCUACUUGGCCAGGAGUUGUCCGAUGCCUUACGUGGUGGGGAACUGUGCUUGGUGUGAGGAGGGGGCAUUCAACAGCCAUGAGAAGGAGACCAUGCAGUUCCUGAAUGACAGGCUGGCCAACUACCUGGAGAAGGUGCGGGGCCUGGAAGAGGAGAACGCGGAGCUGGAGUGCAGGAUUCGAGAACAAUGUGGACGGGAAAUCCCCUCCGUGUGUCCUGAUUACCAGUGUUACUUUGACACCAUCGAAGGACUCCAACAAAAGAUCCUGUGCACGAAGGCAGAGAGUUCCAGACUGGCUGUGCAGCUGGACAACUGCAAACUGGCUGCCGAUGAUUUCAGGUCCAAGUACGAGACGGAGCUGUCCCUGCGGCAGCUGGCAGAGGCCGACAUCAGCGGCCUGCGCAGGAUCCUGGACGAGCUGACCCUGUGCAAGGCCGACCUGGAGGCCCACAUGGAGUCUCUGAAGCAGGAUCUCCUCUGCCUGAAGAAAAGUCACGAGGAGGAGGUCAACGUGCUUCGUGGGCAGCUUGGUGACCAACUCAGCGUGGAGCUCCAAACGACGCCCCCGGUCGACCUCAACAGGGUCUUGGAUGAGAUGCGUGGGCAGUACGAGACGGUUCUCGCCAACAACCGCCGAGCCGUGGAGGAGUGGUUUGCGGCCCAGACGGAGGAGCUGAGCCAGCAGCAGCCGUGCAGCUCGGAGCAGCUGCAGGGCUGCCAGCCGGAGCUCUUGGAACUGAAGCGCACCGCCAACGCCCUGGAGAUCGAGCUCCACGCGCAGCGAAACUUGACAGACUCUCUGGCAUGCACUGUGGCAGAGACUGAGGCCCAGUACAGCUCCCAGCUGGCCCAGAUGCAGUGUCUGAUCGAUAAUGUGGAGGGCCAGCUGGCCACGAUCCGCUGUGACCUGGAGCGGCAGAACCAGGAGUAUGAGGUGCUGCUGGACACAAAAGCCAGGCUGGAGGGUGAGAUCAGCACGUACCGGGGCCUGCUGGAGAAGGAGGAUCGCAGAAUUCCUUGCCACCCAGGUCCCACCACGUGCACAUCCAGCAGCGUCUGCGAGCCCCGCAGCACCCGUGAGCCCUGCUUGGCCUAUGUCAUUUGCACAGUGGAAAACUGUUGUGCUUGA